AUGACUCCCGAAACCGCCAGAAGAAACAGGUGUAAGAUCUGUAACAAGCAGUUCAAGAGACCAUCGUCGCUCCAGACCCACUACAACAUGCACACCGGAGAAAAGAUCUACAAGUGUGAAUGGAAAGAAUGUGGUAAGUUGUUUUCGGUCAAGUCCAAUAUGACUAGACACUACAGGUUGCAUGAACGUGACUUAAAGCGAGACCAGGAGAUGCAGAUGAGAAAGAACUAA